AUGUUUUCCUCGGCCUCAUUCGCGCUUGUAGGGCUCGUCGGGCUCGCGGCCGCGCAGUUCCCACCCACCCCCGAAGGGGUCAGGGUCCUCAAGUCCAAAUUCCACGAAAAUGUCACUAUUUCGUACAAAGAGCCUGGUAUCUGUGAGACCACGCCGGGAGUCAAGUCUUACGCCGGAUACGUGCAGCUACCUUCGGGAACUCUGAAUGACGUCGACGGGGAAGCUCAAGACUACCCAAUCAACACAUUUUUCUGGUUCUUCGAGGCGCGCAAAGCUCCCGAAAAUGCCCCGUUGGCGAUCUGGCUCAAUGGCGGACCGGGAGGCUCCUCGAUCAUGGGCCUCCUUGAAGAGAAUGGGCCCUGCUUCGUCAACGAAGACUCCAAGACAACUCGUCUGAACCCAUGGAGCUGGAACAACGAAGUCAACCUCCUCUACAUCGACCAACCGACUCAGGUGGGCUUCUCCUACGACAUUCCAACCAACAUCACCAUCCACGCCGCCGCCGACGACUACGAGAACGGGCCAUGGGGCAUGUUUCCCGCCGACUUCAGCGACGGUGUCCCCGAGGGUAACUACACCUACCGUUACGGCACUGCAUCAAGCCAGAAGCUUUCGCAGACAUCAAACACCACUGCGCAUGCUGCCCACGCUCUCUGGCACUUUGCGCAGACUUGGUUCUUCGAGUUCCCUGGCUACAAACCCGUCGAUGACCGAAUUAGCCUGUGGGCCGAGUCGUAUGGAGGACACUACGCGCCUGGGAUCUUCCGCCACUUCCAGACGCAGAACGAGUUGAUUCAAAAUGGCUCUUCGCCCGAGGAAAAUGCCCAGUACAUCCACCUUGACACGCUUGGAAUCGUCAAUGGUCUGAUUGAUCUGUCGAUCCAAGGCGAGGCUUGGAUCACCUACCCGUACAACAAUACCUAUGGAAUCCAAGUUUACAACGAGUCCAUCUACGAUGCAUUGAUGUACAACUGGACCCGCCCGAACGGCUGCAAGGAGCAAAUCCUCAAUUGCCAGGAAGCUCUUAAGGAUCAUGGACCGCUCAUCGCAAACGGCGUGAAGAAGAAUUACACCGAAGUCUGUGGCGACUUCCUCACCGAAUGCGGCUUCAACGCCGCCGAAAUCUACCAGAGCCUGCCCGACGGAAGAGGGUGGUACGAUAUCGGACACGGGAAACACGACCCCUUCCCGGCCCCGCACUUGUACGGUUAUCUCACCGAAGGCGAGGUUUUGUCGUCGCUUGGCGUGCCCGUGAAUUACUCGGAAUCAUCGGGGGCAGUGGGCAUCAGCUUUCAACACACUUUCGACAUGAUCCUGGGUGGAUUCGGAGAGUCAAUCGGAUACCUGCUCGAUAGCGGUGUUAAAGUUCACAUGAUGUAUGGAGAUCGCGACUACGCCUGCAACUGGGUCGGCGGCGAGAAGGCAAGCUUGGCGAUCCCCUACAACCGAUCGAUAGACUUUGCCAACGCCGGGUACACCCCACUCAUCACCCCCGACGGCGUGACGGGCAUGACGCGCCAGUUUGGCAACUACAGCUUUUCGCGCGUCUACCAAGCCGGCCACGAGGUGCCGUCCUACCAGCCGGUGACGGCGUACGAGAUCUUCAUGCGGGCGACGUUUAAUCGGGACAUCGCGACGGGACUCAUCCCCGUCACGGACGAGCUGUCGACGAUCGGCGUCAAGGAUACGUGGCACAUCAAGAACAUCCCGCCCCGGGAGCCGGACCCGAUUUGCUAUGUUCUCAAGCCCGAGACGUGUCCCGAGGAUGUGUGGAAGACGGUGGAGGAUGGGACUGCGUUGGUGAGGGAUUACUACGUGAUUGACGUCCCUGGACAGGAUGAGGCCCAGCAGAUCUCCGAGGAGCUGUGA